AUGGCUCUCACACAUCGCCAAUUGCACCCGCGCAUCCUGGCGCGGGCCUCCUCCGCUGCCGCCGCCGCAGCCAAGACCCCCGUUCUGCUGUGUCCGGCCACCUUCCGGCAUGCUGCUGCCGCGCGGACCCCCACGCAAUGUGCCGUCGCGGGCGUCCUGAGCGCACCGCGCAGGUCCUUCGCCACGACGCCCGUCCGCCGCUCCGCCAGCGCGCCCGAGGUCAAGAGGGGAGGGAAUAAAGUCUUUAAGAGCGCCGACGAGGCCGUCGCUGAUAUCCAGAGCGGCUCGACCAUCCUCAGUUCCGGCUUCGGCCUGUGCGGUACGGCGGAGGACCCCCGUCCAACAGAAACCCUCAUCCAGGCCCUCGAGCGCCGCGGCAAGGCCUCCCUGCACUCCCUGACCGCCGUCUCCAACAACGCCGGCGUCGAGGGCAAGGGCGGCCUCGCGCCCCUCGUCGAGAGCGGCCAGAUCGAGCGCCUGACCAUCUCCUUCCUCGGCAGCAACAAGCAGCUCGAGCGCAAGUACCUCGGCGGCGACAUCGCCAUCGAGCUGUGCCCCCAGGGCUCCAUCGCCGAGCGCCUGCGCGCGGGAGGGGCCGGCGUCCCGGCCUUCUUCACGCCCACGGGCGCCCACACCCUGCUCCAGGACGGCGACAUCCCCGUCCGGCUCGGGCCGGGCGGCCAGGUGAAAGAGCGCGGCCGGCCGCGGGAGACGCGCGAGUUCGGCGGGCGCACGUACCUCCUCGAGACGGCCAUCACGGGCGACGUGGCCAUCCUGCGCGCGCACAAGGCCGACCGCGCGGGCAACUGCGUCUUCCGCUACACGACCAAGUCGUUCGGCCCCAUCAUGGCCAAAGCCGCGAAAGUCGCCAUCGUCGAGGCCGAGCACAUCGUCGAGGUCGGCGAGCUGCGUCCCGACGAGAUCGACCUCCCCGGCAUCUUUGUCGACCGGAUCGUGCCCGCGACAGCCGACAAGACCAUCGAGAUCGUCAAGCUGCGGCAGCCGGAGGGCGGGGAGGGCGCCGAGAAGAAGAAGGCCGGGAGCGAGGCGCAGGAGAAGCGCGACCGCAUCGCCCGCCGCGCAGCCGAGGAGCUCAAGGAGGGCUUCUACGUCAACCUCGGCGUCGGCCUGCCCACCCUCGCGCCCUCCUUCCUGCCCGCCGACCGGCAGGUCUGGAUCCAGUCCGAGAACGGCAUCCUGGGCAUGGGCGCCUACCCCACGCCCGACGAGGUCGACGCCGAUAUUAUUAAUGCCGGCAAGGAGACCGUCACCCUCGUCCCCGGCGCCUCCGUCUUUGACAGCGCCGAGUCCUUCGCCAUGAUCCGCGGCGGCCACGUCGACGUGUCCAUCCUCGGCGCCCUGCAGGUCAGCGCCUGCGGCGACCUGGCCAACUACAUGAUCCCCGGCAAGCUGCUCAAGGGCAUGGGCGGCGCCAUGGACCUCGUGUCCAACCCGGACAACACCAAGAUCGUCGUCACGACCGAGCACGUCGCCAAGGACGGCUCGUCCAAGGUCGUGCAGAACUGCCAGCUGCCGCUGACGGGCGCGCGGUGCGUGAGCACCAUCAUUACCGACCUGUGCGUGUUCCAGGUCAAUCGCCGCGACGGCGGCCUGACCCUGACCGAGAUCGCGCCCGGCGUCGAGGUCGACGAGGUCCGGGCCAAGACGGACGCCAAGUUUGAGGUCGCGCCGGACCUGAAGCAGAUGCCCUAG